AUGGAUUUUAACUUCAAAAAGAUUGCCACUGAAGCCGGUGGAUUUUUCAGUCGUGCAAAACAGUACACGGAGGAGACAUUUCUAAAGGCCGAACGCACCGAUCUUGAUCCGCAUUUUGAGAACUUACUACAAAGAGCGGAUAAAACGGAAGAACACACUCGAAGGUUACUGUCAUGCAUAGAAAGCUACUUACAACCUAAUCCAACCAUACGGAUGGAAGAGGUUUUCUACGAAAAAUUGGAACUGAAGAAGGAUCACGCUGGUCGACUCAAUAAUCUGGAGUUGAUGGCGCAAGCGAUGAGCGAUGCUGGAGAAGAAUUUGGCAGCACAACACCAUAUGGAAGCGCACUAGUAAAAAUAGCUCAAACCGAGCAAAAGCUGGGACAAGCUGAACGGGAAUUCAUGACUUCAUCGGCUAGUCAGACUCUUCUUCCUAUUCGUCGAUUUCUUGAGGGCGACAUGAAAACGAUACAGAAAGAACGCAAAGUAUUAAAUAGCAAACGCUUGGACUUGGAUGCUUGCAAAAGCAGACUCCGAAAAGCAAAGUCAGUGGAGAGUCAGGCAGCUGCUGAGGCCGACUUAAGGGUUGCACAAGCCGAGUUCGAUAAGCAGGUUGAAAUCACUAAACUCUUACUAGAGGGUAUCCAGACAGCACACAAUAAUCAGUUGAAAUGCCUGCGAGAUUUCGUAGAUUUGCAAAUGUCCUAUUUCGCCCAAGCUCAUCAAAUGAUGGCUGACCUUCAGCGGGAGCUCAGUGGUUCGCUGAGUGAACCUCACAUUGGACUUUUCGCGAAAGCUUCCCCAAAUCCUGCACGGAAUGGACCCGUUCUCACUCCCGGAGAUGAUCUCAAGACUCUGACAUUCCGAGGUUCAUCCGCUGUACUGGUGACAACGAAUGCGGGUUCGAUUCCAACUCAUGCAAACUCUACUACAGCUCCAUCCAAGCCUGCUACGGGAACCGGCAAAUCGUUCGACAUUUCGGAUGUUGGAACAAAACAAGCUCGAGUCAUACUCGACUACGAUGCAGUUCUUCCGCAGGAAAUGAGCGUACGACAAAACGAUGUAGAGUGCUUUUCAUUUAUUGCCGCUUUUCCGUAUCUUCUCACUCAUUCUUCGAAGACGCUCGAUAUACUUACAAUUUGCUUGUUUACGUCUAAGGAUCCAGUCGCGUAUUCGGGUCAGAACCGCCUGAAGCUCGCUGCAGUUCGAGUUGCUCGCAAGCAUCAGUUUAACCACGGCGCUACGAACGCAACUGUUUACGCAGCUUCAAGUCGUUUUGAGGUACUGAUCGUCUACCGCUUGCCAGGAUUGGAUCCAGACUAUGUAAUGGCAGAAAAGGGCGGAGUGCGAGGUCGAGUGCCAAUCUCAUUUCUUGAGUUAAUAUAG